UCCCGUCAACCGCAAGACGAAACGGACCCCUGGCUCCCCGUCACAGCAUGGAGAAAAAAUAUAGCGGUGUCAGCUUGACAAACUCGCAAUAUGAAGACAUAUUUAAUGCUGCAAUUAAUGGUGAUCAAAAAGAAGUUGCGACAGAUGAUCCUGGGUUGGAUGGGACAACGGGGAUGUUUGAAACUAACCCUAAAGUUGAAUUUAAAACGGACGAGGCGAAGCUUUGCAUUGCUACUUCAAAAGUGGACAACUCAGAGUCGAAUAAUAGAAGAAAGCAAAAAAAAGCGAAGGCUGUACGUCUCAAUAUCAGUGAUGCACUGUUUAAGCGUAACGCCUCCCCUAAGUUGAACAAUUGUGACAUGAAAGAGUAUGGAUAUGAAAUCUGGGUGCAGUGCAGCAACCAAGUUUGCAGCAAAUGGAGACGUCUCAAUAAUGCCCCGGAUACCUCGGUGCUCGUUGACGUGUGGACGUGUGACAUGAACAAGGAUACAAUGUACAACUCAUGCAGCAUCGCAGAGGAGGAAUGUUGCUAUGAGAGUAAUGCGGAGACAGACUUUCAACCUGGUUUCCUCGUCUGGGCAAAGCAGUUUGGUUACCCUUGGUGGCCGGGUAUGGUAGAAAAUGAUCCAGAGACGGAAAAGUAUUUUCUUGCCUCCAAGAAAAAGGGUGUGAUGAAAUACCACGUGACAUUUUUCGACAACGUAAGUUCUCGAUCAUGGAUCCCCACCUGCUUCAUCAAAACAUUUGAAAGCUCCAUGGAGAAUAUGUUUUCCACGAAGGGUCAAAAUGGUCGAGAUUUCACAAAAAGGAUUGCUGAUGCUGUACGGAAAGCAAACUGCGCCACGAAGAUGAGUAUACAGAAACGCCUGGAUGAGUUUGGAUUUUCAGAAACGUAUAACCAAGAUGCAGAAAUGGAAUACAAAGAUACCAAUAGCUCCCAAGACUCUGAAGGUGAACUUUCACGUAAAAGGAAGACAUCAAAGGAGCUCAAUCAGAAGGCCAAACGGGGAAAGAAAACAGAUAAGGAGAGCACUGAGGAGAAAGAGCCUUGUAAGCCACCACCACGCAAGCGUAAGUGUACUGUAGCCUAG